GUGGUUUUAAGGUGGACGGUCUGGGGUCUGCUGAUCCUCGUCGGGACGGCGAGCGUGUCCGCCCGGUCCUCCAUGAGGCCACAGAAGCAGCAGCCCGACCCAGGAGACAACGAGGAUUACGAUCCGGAAAAUACGGACUACUAUGAAGAAUACGAAGAGACGAACGGAAAUUCAACUGGUACGGACGUAAAUAGGGAUAAUGAUGAGGAAUACGAACCAUUCACGAGGUCACCAGAAAAUGAUCGUUCAUCAUUCACUCAGUCUCCUCAACAGUCUAGAAACGAAAACCGUGGAGUUACUCAGGAAAGUGGAAGAAGUAAACUCUGCAGUUUUGGAAAUGAGCUGUAUGAAGAUGGAGCUGAAUGGAGACCUGAAAGAUGCACAGAUUGUAUUUGCUUGCAGGGGAAGGUAGAAUGCAAAACGAGAGAUAUUUGCUUAGCCGAAGGAAGAUCUGUCUUCCCAAGUGAGUUCGAGCCAGGAGUUCAUGAUCGUGGAAAUGUAACAACACCACCAACAACCACAACGACGACAACUGCACGAGGCGUAAGGGGUCCUCCUGGUGAACCUGGCCAUCCAGGUGAAAUGGGAAUUCCAGGGAGCCCUGGUACACCGGGAAUUCCAGGGAGCCCUGGACAUCCAGGAGUUGUGCCUGAUAUUACGUCAUAUUACAAUCAAAUUGCAAUGGCUAAUUCAGGAAACAAUAAAGGUCCAGCAUAUCCUCAAGAGGCAUUGCAUUAUCUUCAAGCUCAAGUCGGACCCAUGGGUGCAAGAGGACCUCCUGGCAAUGCAGGUCCCCCUGGGCCCCAAGGGUUUCAAGGAUUGAGAGGAGAGCCAGGUGAACCUGGGCCACAAGGCCCUCAAGGCCCUCCAGGACCACGAGGACCACAAGGAUUGCCAGGAAAAGAUGGUGCCCCAGGAGAAGAUGGAGAAAGAGGACCGACAGGUUCCACCGGCCCUCCAGGCCCCAGAGGUUUACCAGGAAUGCCAGGCACACCAGGUCUCAAAGGACAUCGUGGUUAUUCAGGUUUGGAUGGCAGUAAAGGAGAACAAGGCCCGAUGGGUGAAAAAGGAAACCAGGGUGCACCAGGCCCUGUCGGCCCUGCUGGACCAAUUGGCCAGGUUGGACCUAGAGGCGAAAGAGGAAGAGAAGGUGCACCUGGACCUCCUGGCAUCCGGGGAAUUGAUGGUGCUCCUGGGCCUCCAGGCUCUCCAGGAGCAAUUGGCAAACCUGGCCCUCCUGGUUUUCCAGGAUCUCCAGGAGCAAAGGGUGACCAAGGCGUUCAAGGUAUUAAAGGUAGUCAGGGACUUCAAGGCCCAAGAGGUGAAUCAGGACGUCCUGGCCAAUCUGGUGAAGCAGGAACACCUGGACUUCCAGGAAAAGAUGGUGUACCUGGGGAAAAGGGUGUCCCUGGAGCCCAGGGUCCUCUUGGACCCCCUGGUUUCAUUGGACCACGAGGACCACCAGGAGGUCCUGGAGCUCCUGGAUUAUUAGGACCCAAAGGAGAAAUGGGAUUGCAAGGGGAAAGAGGCUUCAAAGGUGAAAGUGGACCGAAAGGUGAAACUGGUCCUAUGGGGCCAAGGGGAUUACCAGGUAUGGACGGCCCGGAAGGUAAAAGGGGAAAGAGAGGACCUCCUGGACCCCCUGGUGCAAUGGGAUCAACUGGUGAACGUGGUGAACCUGGUGUUAGAGGCUUACCGGGACCUGAAGGACCAGCCGGUCCAAAAGGGCAAACGGGAGACAAAGGUCCUUCAGGUUUACAUGGUUUGAAAGGAGCUCAAGGAUCAGUUGGAAGACCAGGAAACCCUGGAAUACAAGGCCCAAGGGGUCUUCAAGGAAGGACUGGAGCACCAGGAAAAAUGGGAGCACCCGGUGAACGAGGGCCUCCAGGUGCUGAUGGAAAAUCUGGUGAGCCAGGACAUCAGGGGCUUCAAGGUUUACCUGGACCAAUAGGGCAGCCAGGGGAAAAAGGAAUAAUGGGCGAUUCUGGAAAAGAUGGUGAACCGGGAAUACCUGGUAGUCCAGGACCAAGGGGAGAUCCAGGCAAAGAUGGAUCGGCAGGACCCCAAGGACCAAGAGGCCCACCUGGACCAGCUGGAGAAAGAGGUCCUACCGGGCCUCCAGGUCCUACAGGGUUCCAAGGUCUUCCAGGAGCAAAUGGCAAUCCAGGUCCACCAGGAAAAGAUGGUGACCCAGGACAGCCUGGACCACCUGGCCAUCUAGGACCUCCUGGCUUAAGAGGAGAAAGAGGUGCACCUGGAGAAAGAGGAUUAAUGGGACCAUCGGGACCGCAAGGUCUCAGAGGAUCUGCUGGGCCAGGUGGUGCUGAUGGUCCUCCCGGAGCGCCAGGAGCCAAAGGUGAAAAAGGACAUGUUGGUCCCAUGGGUCUCACUGGUUUACCCGGUGUUAGAGGAAUGCUUGGGCCCCAGGGAUUUAAAGGUGACCGAGGAGAAAGUGGACUGCCAGGACCAGAAGGACCUGCGGGAAGACCAGGAGAACGAGGUCUACAAGGUGAGGUUGGGCCACCCGGCCCAGCAGGUGAGCCUGCUGAAAAAGGAGAAGUUGGUGCUCGAGGACUCCCAGGUGAACCUGGACCUCCAGGAAGUGUUGGAGAUAGAGGAAUGCCUGGAUCUCAAGGGCUUCAAGGUUUCCCUGGACCUCAAGGAAUAUCAGGACCUCCUGGAGUUAAAGGAGAAAGGGGAUUCUAUGGUCCCAAAGGCUCUCAAGGAAAUCCUGGAACACCAGGAAAACAAGGAGAACCUGGAGAGCAAGGUCCAGUUGGUUUCCCUGGAAUGAAAGGAGCAAGAGGCGAACAAGGUCCGAAAGGUGACACAGGCUUUACAGGGAUCCCUGGAAGGCCAGGUGAACCAGGUCAUCCAGGACAAGCUGGACCACCAGGACCCCCAGGACUAGCUGGUGCUCCUGGUAUCAAAGGAAACGUCGGUGAUUCAGGACGCCCAGGUUCGCCAGGACCAGUAGGAACUCCAGGUCUUAUGGGACCGGAAGGACAGAAAGGAGAUAUAGGCCCUGUUGGUCCUCAUGGCCCAGCCGGACCUCCAGGACCUUCUGGCCCUUCAGGUGAAAGAGGAUUACCAGGAUUGUUUGGUCCUCCUGGUCCUGCUGGUCUUCGUGGACCCAAAGGAUCACAGGGUGAGCAAGGAACUGUAGGAAGAACAGGGCCAGAAGGAAAAUCGGGCCCCCCUGGAUUGCCUGGCCCACCUGGACUUCAUGGACCGAUGGGAGAUCAAGGUCCUGAAGGUCUUGCUGGAAAACCUGGUCCUCCGGGUCUAUCAGGAAGGCCUGGAGAUAAAGGGCCAGUUGGAGAACCUGGGCCUCCAGGAAAUCAAGGACCAACAGGAUUACCGGGUCCCCCAGGACACCAAGGACCAGCAGGGCCAGCAGGUGAAAGAGGACUAAAAGGUGAAACUGGUCCACAAGGAAUAGAAGGAGCUACUGGUCCAAGAGGAAAGCCAGGUCCUCCAGGAGUUGAAGGAGCCAAGGGAGAAAAAGGUGAAUAUGGUUUACAAGGAAUGAAAGGGCACCGUGGUCUUUCAGGCCUUCAAGGAUUACCAGGAUCACCGGGAUUAAUGGGACCUAAAGGAGACCCAGGAUUACCAGGCCCUCCUGGAAGACAAGGAGAGCAAGGAAUAAAAGGAUCGCAAGGAAGAGACGGUUCACCUGGUCCUCCAGGUCUUUUGGGACCACAAGGACCAAAGGGACCUCCUGGAGACCCUGGAAGGCCGGGAGUACAUGGUGAGCCAGGGCCACCAGGACCACCAGGUUUACCAGGAGAACAUCCAAUUUAUGAUGCUAGUACUCUCGCUGCUCUUUUGUACACUUCACAAGGACAAACAAAGGGACCAGAUCCAUCGUUUGGGGAUGAACCGAUGAGAAUGUUCGGUAAAGAAUUGGAUGAUGAUGAAAAGAAAAAGAUAGUAUUUAAAGCCUACAACCAACUAAAGAUCAGCUUUGAGAAAUUCAUGAAACCAGACGGAUCAAAAACAGCGCCCGCCAGGUCUUGCAGAGAUUUAGCAGUUGCAUAUCCACAGUUCCCUUCAGGUGAAUAUUGGUUGGAUCCAAAUGACGGUGAUAUCAACGAUGCAAUCCUUGUGUACUGUGACAUCCCCAAGCGAGCCACGUGUAUUUUCCCACAACCUCGAGAAUCCUCAGAACUGUUUCAUAUAGGACAUGAGCCAGAAAUGUGGCUGUCUGAAGUAACAGGUGGAAUGAAGAUUUCCUACAAAGCCGAUAGUAAUCAAAUAGGCUUUAUACAACUCCUUUCAGUCUCUGCUGUGCAAAAUGUAACUUAUCACUGCUACAAUUCAGCCGCUUACUUUGAUUCUACGCUGAAGACAUACAGGAAAGGCAUAAAACUGCUCGGCUGGAAUGAUGUUGAAAUCACAGCAAGAGGAAAUCAGAGAUUGCGGUACUCAGUGCUCAAUGAUGGAUGCAGGGCUAAAAACAAUGAGUGGGGAGAAACGUUGAUCACUUACAUGACUGAUAAAUCAAUCCGCUUACCCAUCACUGACAUCGCUAUCAGAGAUUAUGGAAAAGAAGACAAUAAAUUCAGAAUUACUCUAGGGCCAGCUUGUUUUUCAUAAAAUAACGUUUGCAUUUUUUAUUUUGUUUUUCAAUAUUUUGUAAAUCUGGUGGCAAAUAGUUUCAAUUGAGCUAUUGCUCUGACAACCAACUUGUAAAUACUGCCAGCUAUCGUAUUUUAAUGUUCAUAUUCACAUAAGGAAUGAAUCAAUAUAAAAUAUAUAUUGUAAAUAUGUUGAUUCCAUACAAAAUUAAUUGAACCAAAUUU